AUGCUAAUGAUUAGAUGCGCUAGAAAAUCCUCUGUAUACCCUCUACGUUUUUACAUCUUUCAUUCCAUCUCCACCGCCGCCGCCGCCGCCACUGCCGGCAAGACCUCCCACAUCAAUAUAAAUCCCCUCCUUACGUCUUCAAUUCUUCAAUUACAAACCAGCGAUAUUCUGAUUCCGUUUAAGCAAUGGUUCUUGUCCCGGAAACAACCUUUAUUCGAACAAAUCUUCGAGAUUCUCCGCAGACCAGACGGAGCUGUUUCCUUAGAUGCCGAGCUCGACCGCCUUAACCUCCGGCUAACGACGUCCUUAGUUCUCGAUGUGUUGAAAUAUGGGAACUCAGAAAAGGAUUUACUUUCGUGCCUCAAGUUCUUCGAUUGGGCUGGGCGGCAAAAUGGGUUCACGCACACAACCGCAACUUUUCACGCAAUCUUUCGAAUUUUGUCCAGGGCGAAGCUCAUGUCCCUCAUGCUUAAUUUCCUAGAUGACUAUAAGGAGCAAAAGUAUUCGUAUCAAGUCAAGUACCACACCAUUUUAGUGGUUGGUUACUGCGUGGCUGGCAAAGUUGAUAUGGCACUCAACCUGUUCGGUAGAAUGCGGUUUCGGGGAUUGGACUUGGAUAACAUCUCUUACCAUGUCUUGUUGAAUUCCUUGGUUGAACAGGGGUAUUUUGAUGUGGUUAAUUCGAUUGCUGAGCAGAUCAGAUUACGCGGGUUUGAGAGUGCGUUCACGCAUUCCAUUUUGGUGAAGGGGUUUUGUAGGCAGAGACAAUUAAAUAGGGCGGACGAGUAUCUUAGGUGUUUGAUGGGCAGGAACUUGAAUGAGAAGGAGGGUUUCAAUGGGGUUCUCUUGGCCAUCUUUGUAGAUGCUUUGUGUAAAGAUAAACAGUUUGAUAGAGCUGCUCAGUUGGUAGAAGAGGUUAGGCAAUUGGGUACUGUUUCUUUGGAGCAAACUUACUGUGUCUGGAUUAGGGAUCUUGUUCAGGCCGGAAAGAUUGAUGGAGCGUUUCAGUUUAUGAGGGGCAAGAAAGAGCUCGACGGCUAUGUUCCUGAUGUAUUUCGUUACAAUUCUUUGUUGCGUAGGUUAUUGAGGGAGAAUAGACUAGAGGAGGUGUUUGACUUGUUGACAGAGAUGAAAGAGCAUGAUGUAUUGCCUGAUGCUGUAACCAUGAGUGCUACCUUAUGCUUUUUUUGUAAAGCGGGAAUGUUGGACAUUGCGAUGGGAUUGUACAAUUCCAGGGCAGAGUUUGGCCUUUCUGUGAACACCAUGGCUUACAACUAUCUUAUAAAUAGUCUUUUCGGGGAUGCCAGUGUUGAUAAUGCUUGUCGUGUGCUCAGAGAUGCUAUUGAGCAAGGUUAUCUCCCUGGUAAGACGACUUUUUCUAUUAUUGCUGAUGUUCUUUGUAGGGAGAGGAGGUUCGAUAAAAUGAUAGAGGUGGUAAUUGUUGCGCUUGAGAAGGAUUUUGUUCUUAGUCAGUCAAUCUAUGAUAAGUUCAUAUCAACACUGUGUGCAUCCAGGAAAUUGGAGGAAGGUUAUUUGCUACACGGGCAGCUCAGCAGGUUAAAUAAAACACCUGGUAAGAAUGCUUACGUCAGCUUGAUAAGGGGUUUUUACAGGGCAGGUAGGGGAGAUAUUGCAGCUAGUCUUCUCAUAGAGAUGCAAGAAAAGGGUCACUCUCCAGACAGGAAACUUUUCAGGGAUGUUAUUAACUGUAUAUGUGAGCUGGAUAAUCCAGAAAAUCAUUUCUUCAGAUUGCUAGAGAUACAAAUGUCUCGAUAUCAAUCGGCCUGCCCAUUUUACAAUUUCUUUAUUGAUGGAGCUGGCCAUGCUGGAAAAUAUCUAUUGGCUAGACAAGUUUAUGAUAUCAUGGAGAGGAGCGGUAUUCAGCCUACCGUGAAGUCUGACAUACUUAUGUUGCAAAGUUAUUUGAAGAACGACAAAAUAGCUGAUGCUUUGAAUUUUUUCCGUGAUGUGUGUAAGAGAAGGGAGGCAAAGAGGAGGCUCUGGCAUUCACUUAUUGUUGGUCUCUGCAAAGCGCAGAAGGUAGAUUAUGCACUGGAGAGCUUCUGGGAGAUGAGGUCGAACCAACUGAAGCCUAGUAGUGAAUGUUAUGAAGAGCUUGUGAAGUUGCUCUGCGCUCAGAGACGGUAUAGUGUGGCCAUAGAAAUUGUUGAUGAUUUGUUAUCAAUUGGUCGUCGCAUAUCAUCAUUUCUUGGAAAUGUACUGCUAUUUCACUCGUGGGGUUCUCGUGACCUCUUCAAUGUUUGGACCAAGUCUCGGAAUCUGCAAAAUUUGACAUCUGAGAGUUGGAAUCUCGGCAAGGUAAUGGAUGCCUUUUCUCAGCCUGUUAGAGGGAAACGAGACGUUAUCAAUAUGGAAGAACUAAUUCGUCAAUCCUUUCCUCUUGACACAUUCACAUACAAUAUGCUGUUGCAAAGACUAAGCAGGAGCCAAGUAGAUCUUGCCUUUUCAGAUCUGCUUGAGCAAUAUCACUUAGUUGAUGAUGCUUGUCACUCUAACAGCAGAGUUUUGCCUGCUACUCUUGGUCUUGAAGUUGCUCGGACAAUCUUAUUUUUCAAUCUUCCAUUUCAGUAUAUUGGAUGCUGUGUUGCUGAAUCCAAUGGUCAGGUUUCAAACCUUAUGAAAGCGUCUCUGUUGGAAAAGGUCUCUGGAGAUGAUGAUGUGGAACCACAGCCUUGCAAGUAUGCUAUAAAACAAAAACCUGCAUUGCAAAUAUGGAAAGAUUAUAUUAGCAAUCCAGCAGCCGCCGCCGCUGAUGUUAUCCCCUUUUCUGUUUGUCUGAUAACAGUACUGUUCCGGUUUCCUGUAAUGUCGACUUAUGCGAAGCCUGAAAAUGCCUUGAAGGGUGCUGAUGAAGAAUCAGUUGGGCACAUGGGAUACCCCCAUCUAUCGGAGUUAAUCAUGAUUAUGAGAAUCGGUCCGAUGUUGUGCUGCACUUUUACAGGCAUUGAAUUGGAGGGAACUGAAAAAAGCCGAGAUAUAUUAUUGGGAUUACUUAAAAUUUGUUGCAUACUAGUGGUAGUGAGGAUGAAAGGAGGCUUUUGUGGUGUAAGGGUUGCUCAGGCCUCUCUCAUCCUCACUGGCUUUGUAUGCCUGGCUAUCAUCACAUUGUGGUCAAAAACUACAUUAUUACGCCCACCUGAUGGAAUUGUAUUGCUUCUGCAGCCAGAGACGAAAAGUUCCCUUUUUCGGCGACAUCUAGCUUCUCCAAAAAUAAUAGUUCAAAAAGUGCUAAAGAUGCGUUUGUUGCACAAGGAAGCCCGGAAACUUCCAAUACAGACACCACAAAAGGACGACCAAAUAAAUAUUCCAGAACUUCCAGAGAAACCCAAGAGUGUAAUUUUGGCAUUGGAAAAUGGGUCAUUGAUGAUACUCGGCCUUUUUACUCCGGCCUUGGUUGUAAGCAAUGGUUGUCCUUUAUGUGGACUUGUCGGGCCGCGAAUCGUACUGACUCUGAAUAUGAAAAGCUUCGGUGGCAACCAAAGAGUUGCGAAAUGGAAGACUUCACUGGCGAAUACUUGUGCCUUUUCACUGUAUGGACUUACUGGUGCCUCAAUUCACUAUGCUUCCAGGAUGUACAAUAAAACUCUGGCUUUCAUUGGGGAUUCAUUAGGUAGGCAGCAAUUCCAGUCGCUCAUGUGCAUGAUUACCGGUGGUGAAGAGAGGCCUGAUGUUCUUAAUGUGGGUAGAGAGUAUGGUCUUGUUAAAGCUCGUCGUACUAAACGCCUGGAUGGUUGGGUUUACCGGUUCCCAAGCACCAACACUACUAUCCUUUGUUAUUGGUCCCCAACCCUCUGUGACUUGAAGCCCCUAAAUACCUCUAACCCUAACACCGGCAUUGCCAUGCAUCUGGAUCGGCCACCUGCAUUUUUGCGCCGGUUCCUUCACCGGUUUGAUGUCCUUGUCCUGAAUACAGGACAUCAUUGGAAUGAAGGGAAACGUAAGACUAACAGGUGGGUCAUGCAUGUUGGUGGUACGCCUAACACUGAUGGGAAGACCGCAAAUAUGAGUAUCGCCAUGAAUCUUACAGUUUACAGUACCAUUGGUUGGGUGAACUCGCAGCUUCCUAAAUAUCCUGGCUUGAAAGUAUUUUAUAGGUCAAAAUCACCCAGGCAUUUUGUCAAUGGAGACUACAACACUGGAGGAACCUGUGACAGUACUUCUCCAUCUACUGGCACGGAAGUUGUACAAGAUGAGUCCAUUGAUACUGUUGCUGCAGGAGCCGUGAAGGGCACUGGUAUUAAGCUCUUAGACAUCACAGCUUUGUCUCAAUUGAGAGACGAGGGUCAUGUAUCUCGAUACAGUAUCCGGCCCACACCAGGGGUGCAGGAUUGCUUGCAUUGGUGCUUGCCCGGUGUUCCCGAUACAUGGAAUGAAAUACUAUUUGCACAGAUCUAA